UCACUACAUUAGUAGUAGAACAGUAGUGGUGAGGCUUUUCAGCUCAUUCUCUCUGAAAUGUCCACCAAGGUCCACCUACACAGUGACUGUAUAGCUACUUGUGUUUUGUUUAAAGUCACCAGUAACAAGAGAUUCCAUUGUCUCAAGGUUUUCCCAUUCCAGAAUGAUCCCACAAUGCUUUGCUCCAGGCAGAUUCUACAGUCACAAAGGAACAAGAUGCAGCCGCAGACCUAAUGGUGGUUUGACUGCAGAUAGGCUGGAUAUUAUAUGUACGGGUAAAGAUGACCAGGAAACAUUUCCUUAUAACAAUUUAAGAAUUAUUUCAAGAGUGUUAUUCUCAUAAGCUAAAAAUUUCAAAUCCGUUUUAAUUUCUAUAACCGUGGUAGUGUUUAUGUGCAUCUACACAUGUAUAGCAUAUGUAGAUAUAUGUACAGCCUUUUAAUUUCCUUGCAUGCUUUGUUCAUGUUAUUCAUGUGUCUAGAAACAAUAUGUGUGCUAAACUAUCUCUUCCUUAAAAGCAGCAUGUCUGCAAGAAGUAUUAACAGUCACAUAAAUUAAUGUAAACCACAAAGCUUAACAUGGGAAUGUUUUCUGAGGUGGCAGUUUCAUUUAAGUCUAAGCAUGUCUGUUCUGAUAAAGAAGCAAAGCCAUGAAGUCAAUAAUCUAAAAAGAGGAUUGUACCUUUUGAGAGUCUGGUAGGCCAUGGGUUAACAGGAAAAUGACCUCAUGCAGGAAUUUUUUUUUCGUUUUCCUUUUUUAACAUCUGUGUGUCUCUGAGUGUUCGUGUUUUUGAGGGGAAGUUUUAUCAUGGGGGCCCUGUUGCAGGGCUGGUCUUGUGGUGCUGAGAAGGGUUUUGGCUGAGCAGUUUCAGACAUCUGCUGUUGUGUGGGAAAAAUUAUCAGUGACAAAGGCAUGCGCAGUCACCAAGCUGAAGUGUUUCCCAACAAGAGAGACAUUCAAUCCCCAUAACUGCACUGAGAAACCGUGUUUUAUGUAGCCAAAUUCUUCUUUUAAAAGAUACUGAGAUUUGACUACAAGAGAAGUACACCCCCAUGGCAGAUAACCCAAAGCAAUAUUAUCUGCCUGCUACAGACAUGUCAUUGCUGUUCUCUGGAGCCAUUACAAGUUCACCAGUUAAAACCAAAGCUCCAGCCACUGACCAGUCAUAUCAUAGACUGGGCCGGUCCCUGUUGUCCCCUGACUCGUCGUACGAGUGCUACUCCGUCAACCCCCUGACUGGAUCCCCCUGCUCCUGCCGGCGCAGCCCCCGCCUCCUCUCCAACGGUUACUAUGUGCUGACAGAGGACAGCUUUGUGUGUGACGAUGAGGGCAAUAUCUCCCUCACCCCUUCCAAAACCAACAUCUCCUAUAAGGAAAACCUGGUCAGGAUAUUCCGCCGCCGGCGGAGGCCACGCAGGUCCCUUGCCAGCCUGUUCAACAUGACCAAAUCCUGCCAGUCCUGGCUGGACCGCAGGCUCUUCGGAGGGGUGUGCCACCCCCCCCUUGCUGAGUCCUCCUGGGUGGAGGACAGUGUGCUCGCGGGUGAUGACACCUGCAACUUCACUUAUGACCACAACCCUGUCCCACCCCCUCCAAACAAGCCCUCCCAGAAGCUCUGGCUGCAGGAGGAAGCAUGUGCAGAUGCUUCCUUCUCUCAGGAGCAGUUCAGCCAAUCACUGGGAGGCUUACUGGAUGUCCCGCCUCCCUCACCUUUCUUUGCCCAGAGUUGCUGCCUCCAUCCCCCUCAGCCAACAGAUUCUGCCAUUGUGAAAGCCCUUCUGUUCAUCAUCUUGACUGUCUGCCUGUUUACUGCCGUGUUCUCAAGGUGGCUGCUGGGGGGACUGGCUGUGGCUUCCAUCAUCUUCACUUUGAUUCUAUCUUCCAUCUUCCUGUCAAAGUCUACCUUCAGGAGCACGGGGAAGUGGCACAGAGCCAAGACAGAGGAUAUCACGUCAAGGAAUGAAUAGAGGACUGUGGACUGGUAGGAGAGAGAAACGGAAGAAGAAUGAACAGAGCGAAAAGAAAUGCAGAAAGAAAAAAGAAAGUGUUUGUGAUGUGUUUACGUUUUUGUAGGUGAAAUGCAUGUAGGAUGCACAUGGUCUCAACGUGUCAUUCCAAGGGAAGACUUUUUUUGUGGCAUUGCUGAGAUCAGUGGAGCACUGACAAGAUUUCAAAUGAAUAGAAUUUAAAAUAUGCCCAAUUCUAGAUGUUAUCCAGUUUGCAAUGGAUAGGUUGAUUUACCUCAGUAAUUAAUAUUUUGAAGUACAGUAUAUUAUUAUUAUUGCACUCUUAAAUGUUAAGUGUUAUUGUUGAUAGAAUACCUUGGCAAUUAUGGUUACUCCAACAUGACAAGAUUUUUUACCUCUAGUUUCUUACAUACAAUGAUCUCAGACAUGCAGGUCUGUAAAAAAUGCCAUAACAUAACCUGUUGUUUUGGGAAAUCUCAUAAAAGUGUAGAAACAGAAUUAUAACCUGCAACACUACACCAAAUAUGAGCAAAACAAUCACACACUCACAGUGGGUCAAGGUUAACACUGUGAAAAUACCUGGUGUUUAAAUGUACAGUAAUUAAGGAAUAGCAAAUGUGUGUUUAUUUUUUUCCUGUGGAAAAACAACAGGUAUAGUGCCUUUAUCAGAGAAAUGCAGGGACAACUGUCCUCAGUGCCACAAUGUGCCUGCUACCAGAAUAGGGCUAAAUACCAGUUUGAAUGCUUGAUCAUUGCAAUAAGCUUAAUCCCAAUCCUCUUGUUAAGUAAUAGAGGAAGAGGAGACGAAGGCACCAAAAGGAUUCAUAUAUGUAAAGCAGGGCCAAUAGUCGUUCAGUGCUGGAAUGACAGGGAUUGCUCUUGCUAAAUCGAGGCGAUUAAGAACAUAUCACUCUUUGUAGAUGGCACUUAUUUGUAUUUAAAUGAAUUAGAGGUAUUGAUUCAAUGGGCACUCAGUAGGGGUUUAUAUGCUAUUGACUACUCUUUAUAGAUCAUUUUAUUGCUAUUAAUAAACCUAAAAAGGAACCUGUUUAGCACAGGGCACUAGCAUAUUGAGAAUUUUACUUGUGCUCAAUAUUUUGUAAUAUGAAAUGGGAAAAAAAAAAACAUGUUUGGGCCUCCACAAUGCCAAGAUUAUAUUAAAUCUAGUAUGAUUUCAUGAAGGAAUAGAUAAUUCUACUGUUAAUAGUUCAUAGUUUUAUAGGAUAUAAAUGUCACCAGCUACCAGUAGUCAGCUUUAUUUAAACAUUCUUUUUUAUUACACAUUACAGAGGAGAAAGAGGAAACUGUUAACAUUCUGUGGAUGCCAAAUCCAGUGUAUUUAUUUAUUUUAUUUUUAACAUUUUUUAAUCAAUACUCACAAGAAUUUAAGUUACUGGAAAGACAUUUUCAAAAAAUCUAUAUUUAUGUUUCUGUAGAUGUUAAUUUAAACAUCUGUCCAUUAAACAUUUUGUGUACAAAAAUAUUCACUUUAUUCUUUUCAUGGACAUUUAAUUUCAUUCAGCCUUAAAAGCAUUUAAUUGUUAGCACUUAAGUAGUGCACCAAAGUUUAAUUAUUAGCACUGAAGUAAUACUGAAUGUAAUUUCUCAGAAUAUUAUGGGAGAUAUAAUCUCUAGUCUUUGAGGCUGUAUUAAUAAAUGUUCAUUUUGAUAAUGUAUUUUGAAGUAUGAUUUUUUAUUUUUUUCUGUGAGAAGUGCUGUAAUACUUGCUUCAUAGCCAUGACUGAUUUUUUUUCUGAUUGUUAGUGCUGAUACUGUUUCCAAAGGUAACUGCAGUUGUAUUAUUUUUCCUAGUCUACAUGUACACAGCAUUUUGCUGUCAAAUGUAUCACCCUCUAUGUAUUGUUUUUUUCACUGCUUUGAUAUAUGCACAAAUUACUUUCUGCUCGUUUUAAAAGUUAACACUCCAUGUGUGUUUGUGAAUAAAUAGUAACUAGUUUCACUGGCUUAAAAAUUCAUUUUCUGCAUAUCUUAGCUAUUUCAGUAGUGUGUUAUUGUCUGACAUUGCUUUUGCACGUUGAAUAAAACAUCAAGCUUGCAAGCACUGAAAAAAUUAAAUCCUAAAAUCCUUCUUCAAAAUUGACCCGAAGAAUUAUUUACAAUCAAAAUAGUUUGCCAAAAUUGAUGUUUAUAUAUCUGUAUUGCAUUUAAUCAGAUACUUUCCUUGAAAAAAUAAAAUACAAAAUGUGACCAUUUCAUUUUUAAAAAUCUUGGUCAAUUUAUCUUUGUAUGGUUUUAUGAUUUAAUUUGUUUCUUUCUUAACGUACCAUGAAUCAUUUUAAGAUGUUCAAUUAAGGAGGUUUAUAGAACUAGGUCCAUAGACCUCCUUGAUUAAGUCUAUAACAAGUCAUCUAAAUGUGUAAUUUCUGUCUUGAAUAUAUAUUGAAUAAAUAUUGAAAUGUUA